ACGCCGUCCGCCACUCAUCUACAGAGCCGGCUCAUGAUAUUGGUGGCUCUUGUGGGCCCAUUCGAGACCAUGGGGGAUUUAGAAAUCCAAGGGCAGAACAAGCGACAGGUGGAAUGCUCCGACGAUGCCUCAAUCGCCUACUUAUUCCUGGCCCAGAACCAAGUCCUAGGCGUAACGUGGUCGUGGCUAAGUGAUUUUUUUUUAUUUCUUUUCGUCUCUCUUUUCACUCUCCUUCCUUCUUCUAUUGUCAUUACUUUAAUACAUACCCUGACUCCAUCACCUCAGUUAGGCAAGGCCAUCCACCAUGAGAUCUUCCUGGGCUUCAAUAUCUGCCCUCCUGGCCAUUUUCGCACAGGCAGAUGCCCUGUCAUCUCGCUCUGGAAUCUCUCUCCAGACCAUCACAGCCACCUCUCUGACCACUGUGACCCAAACCAGCACCAGUACCUUCGAGACCUCAACUGUGACCAGCAUUUGUGCAGUCGGCACAGGAGCUCCCGCCGCCACCUCGUGUGUCCCGACCGUGUGGGCCUCAGGGUCGAACUACUACCAGCAAUAUUGCUCCUCUAGCUGGUUACACGCGGGAACUUCCAUUGCAGAAUACGUCAGCAUUCCAUACAGUGCUUGUGUCAGCCAUUGCGCCCAGACUGCAUCAUGCGCGGGUAUCAACUUCAUUAGUGUAGCUGCACUUGAGCUGUGCUAUCUUUCGGCGGGCGAUAUGGUCGUAUCAGCUGCAGCCUCUUAUGACGAAGCCAUGUUGGUUAAAACCACCAAUCCAUGUGUUUCGACCGUGACGGGGGUGAUUGCUACUGAGACGGUGGUUAGGGUGGCUACGGUGCCGUAUACUACUACCUAUGUUCAGACGGUCACCAUCUCGACGUUGGAGACUCCGAGCCAGACUCCUGUUUCGUCGGCUGUUGCUAGUAGCAGUGUUCCGACUUCGUCGACAGUGUCAACCUCCUCGCCUUUGGUCGCCAGCAUCCCGUCGUCAUCCGUCGUUGUAUCGAGUGCUUCGCUGACUUCGAGCAUCCCUACAAUCCCCUCGGUCCUGUCAUCGUCAACUGCAAGCAUUCCGGCGCCCAUAACUUCUUCAUCCUCCAUCAUUCGGAUUCCAACAUCAUCUUCUACUGUGUCAAGAGCUCCAGUGGCAUCUAGUGGCGCUUCAAGCUCAUCGGUGCUACUGUCCUCGUCUACGAUCGUUCUACCAUCUGUUGCUCCAUCCUCUGCUGUUAAGGUCGUCCCGUCAUCUUCUAUCACCGCCCCAUCCUCACGAGCAGCAUCUUCGGGAUCACCCCUCGCGUCAUCCUCAUCCUCUCCCCUAUCUCCAUCAUCUCAGCGACCAAUUCCUCUCGCAAGUUCGGCUUCUGGUAGCAUCAAACCAAGCAGUGCCCCUUCUAGCACACCUGCGUCAUCAUCCCAAGUGUCUUCUUCUGUCAAGACGCUUUCUACAGCGACUCCCUCCCCCGCGUCGACGGGAUCGGAAACGGGUGUGGUUACUGUGUAUAAGACUGUAGCGACUACCUACAUUACCGAAAUUGUGACCAGGACAGACUGCCCUGCUCCGUGAGCGUCUAUCUUGAGGGACUGAUAUAUAUAUAAUCUACCAGAUACGCUUCGUUUAUGCUUAUAUCUCUACAUAUUAUGGUACUAUGCUGCCAUGCGACACUGAAUAAUAUUGCUUGUACAUAUUUUUCUGUCAUGGAUCAUGUCAAAGCUCUGUAACUUCAGAGGAAUCAGAC